AUGCAAGCAUCAACACCAAAGCACUUCAUGCAGCCGGAAGAGCCGGACGAGACGGGGAUGGCAGAUGAGUCAACUGGACAGACACGCCAAAGUUUGGACCUCGCCUCCCUGGAUGUGGAACCAGUGGACUAUGAAAAGUUGCUCGCAGAGGCAGCUCAAGUACCCAGCUUCACGCCUUUGCCAGGGAGCAUCACGCAGAGUGAGCAUGAGGUGCAGAUGGCGUCUCUGGAGGUCAGACUAAGACAGCAUUGUCUCGACAUCUUCGCGCCCACCGUUCGCAGAACUGCCGCUUUGGAGAAAGAGGUGGUGAAGAUCGAGGAAGAUCUUCAGCUAAAAUCAAGCCACAUCUCGGACUUGUUGCUUACUGCUGGCAAAGUUGAACAGCAGGUUGCAAACAUCGAGAACUUCAAAGCCGAAUUGUCAAAGUACGAUUCGGAAAGAAAGCAGUGGCAAGCCACCGCAACAGACUCCUUGAGCUGCAUGAAGCAGGACCUCGACGUUUUCCGGUAUGAAUUGGAACGCAUGGAUGCAUACGUCCAAGGGGCCCAACGAACUGUUGAUCGAGUUGUGGGGGAGCUAGGUCGCGUCCAGGACAUUGGCGACUCGCUGAGAGCUGAUACAGACAAACGACUUGGCCAGCAGAACAAGAUGCUCAAUGUUUUCAAAACUGACCUAGAGGUGAAGCUUGUGAAUUUGGAGAACAGAUACAACAAACUGAGUGAUGACCUGUGGGGCGAAGAAACAGGCCUAGCGAAGGUGAUGCAUGAUCUCUCCCGCACUAAUGAGGUUGUCACCAGCAUGAGCACGGAGUUUGCCUCCAUGAAGCAUGACAAGGCCAGCAUCGCCCAGCUGCAGAUGGUGCAGGAGGAGGUAAACAACUUCACCUUGGAGACUAACAACAAUGUGACUGCAUUGCAGCAGACAGUUGACAGGAUGAUGAGCGACAUGAAAGAGCACUUUCAAACUGCCACCAACACAGUGGCAGCUCACAAUGCCGCCAUGCUGCAGGAGGUGCGAACAGCAUAUCAGGAGGAGCUAAAAGAAGCUGCCCAAGUACGACAAAAGGUCGAUGAGUUCAUGCAGUCCGAGCGUGAAUACCGGCGGUCGCUCGAAGAAAGCAUUUGUGCAUCCCAAGCUCAAACUGAAGACUUGGUCAGACAGGUGACAUCUGAAGUCGAGGAAGUUGGAAAGCUAAGAAGACGAGACCGCAACAGCCAGGAGGUAGAGAUCAAAGCAGUCGCCAAGCAGCUGGCUAUAGUGCAGGAGUCUUCGCAACAUGUGGCGAACAGCCUGGAGCAUUUGAGCACCGUGAUUUGGACCAUGGUCCAAUGUGAGAGAGCUGCUUCGGCGCUGGACAUUCAAGACGAUCAAGAUCGGGCCAAGAUUGCCUUGAUGGGCUACAAGGACGAGACGGUGGAUAAAGCGCGAGGCACCAAGAAUCGGAAAAACCGAGCUUCUUCGCCACCUUGUGAGGCAGAUGGCCAAACCGUGCUGAAUGUGGAUGAGCGAUGCUUGAGUUGUUGUGGCAAAGCGCAAACAGUCCUUUCAGGUUUCAAAAUGGCUUGUCUGCAGUACUCACCAGCUCCUGUGCUCUUCGCGCGGACGACCUACAACCGAUCUGAUCUCCUGGGCUUGCGGGAAAAGAUGUUGGCACAGGUGAACGAGUCACUGGAGCAUGGGCCAGUGAGCUUCGAGAAAGCUGAAAUCUUUGGACAAGCCAACUCUGCUCCAAUUUCCUCAGGUGCCAUCGUUGACUCCUUCAUGAACAGAGAAGAGCGUCUAGACAGUCGCAGUAGCCGCUCGAGAUCCAGUCCGUUGACAAUGCCACCCAUCAUGACAGCGCGAUCAACACCCAGCUGAUGCCUCUGAUUUAGCAUACACACAUAGAGCUCUGGAUGCCUCAGAGAGGGGGUUCAAUGAACGGAC